AUGAAGAUACCUCUGCCCUGGCGUCGAAAGAGCAACCCCGCCCUCUACAGGUCGAACGAAGACACCGACUCGCGCAGCGCCAGCCUCCAUCUGAGCGCGACCACGGACACGACCGAGUGCACGACCACCUACACCGAUCUCUACGCCUCGACGGCCACCUACACCGUGGUCGGGGAGGAAGAGGAGCUCGACGAUGACUUCAUCGCCAACGGCUUGCUGCCGUGUUCGCCACGGUGGCUGGCCGACCACGCGGACGACAGCGUGCGGCAGCACCGCGCCAAUGCCCAGAUGGGCGCCCUGGCCGCGCUCCGUGCUGGCCGGUUUCUUACGGCGGUGGACAGUUGA